UCGACGAGAGGGAGUGAUGAGUGAAGAGGGCACCGCGCUGGAUGGGACCAUUUCCCGAUGCUCCAAGCCCCUUUCCAGAAAACACAUUUAUUCGGGGCCAUCUGCUAGGCCUAAAGAAGUUUGUGCUCAAGAUGGAAAAUAUGAUUUACAUAGAGACAUAAACUGUGAUAAUAAAGAAUACUCAGUCCAAGAGGACAAACGAGUCUCCAGAAAUGGCAAAAGGGAAGACGGAGAAGAUACCGAGAGAGUCGGAGAGGUGAAGACAUAUGGAGGAGUAGAGGGGAAAGCCAAACCGGAGAAACCUCCUUUCAGCUAUAACGCACUGAUCAUGAUGGCUAUUCGCCAGAGCCCGGAGCGAAGGCUUACCCUCAACGGCAUUUACGAGUUCAUCAUGGGCAACUUCCCUUACUAUCGAGAAAACAGACAAGGAUGGCAGAAUUCAAUCCGACAUAACCUAAGUUUGAACAAGUGCUUUGUCAAAGUACCUCGCCAUUAUGAUGACCCAGGCAAAGGCAACUACUGGAUGCUUGACCCUUCAAGCGAGGACAUGUUCAUAGGUGGCACAACUGGUAAACUCCGGCGCCGUUCCACGGCGGGCACCCGGGCAAAGCUGGCAAUAAAACGGGAUGCCCGUUUUACCUCCACCACUGCCGCCAGGCUGGCGUUCACUGGGUCAUUUUAUUGGCCGGUGCCACCGUUUCUAAACUUUCAACAUCCUGCGCACUCACACCUGGGCACAGGGUCAUAUGUAGGGCCCCAUCACUCCAACUAUGCCACCUCGAUCCUUUCUCAACGGUCACACCACAUGAGUGCCAUAAAUGCUGGGGCAGACCGACUCUUCCAAACAAACCAAGAGUCGUCUUAUUUUGGCAUGGGUGCAGGCGCGCAGUACUGUCGCCAUCACCAAAUGAGCGCAGCCACAACAUUCGCCUCUUCGUCGUUGCCAUGCACUUUGUCUCUCCCUAACCCUUGUUGCUUUAACCUGCUCUCCGGACAAGCGAGUUCUUUUUACUCUCAUCACCAGGUACCCCACCCGGCGACGUUCAAUGCAUGGUGCCAGGAGGAGUACCCCUCAUCCAAGGCAUCUCCAGCCGGACACAUUUACUCCGGAAAGAAUGGACCAUCGGAUUGUCUUGGGGAGUUUGUGCACGGAGUUCCCUAAUUAUUUUCCCCCAAGCAGCCCCACGAGCUCCCUCAACACCAAUCUUUCUUGGGAUGCAGGGAAAUGACCACAUUUAAUUCUCUAUUUAAAUUAAAAGCGUCUGUUUCUCUUUAUGGAUUGUGUCUUUCUAAUAUCUACCAAUGCUGCGAAAUUGAUUCAAAUAAUUGUGAGUUUGUUAUUUCCCAAAUAGGCCUAUCUGUCUUUGAAAAAAUAAAAAUAAAUAAUCAUCCGUUUUUAAAUAAUCGCCAAUCACGGGUGAAUGUGCAAUUUCCAUCGAAACGUAUCACUAAAAACGCCACUCACCAUUUCACAUUUUUUCAGUGCAAUAACCUAUAAUAAAGUUGUAUUCUUUCACGAAUAGUUAAUGGUCAAUAUUUGUGGUGUACUCAGUAAUUUAAAAAAGUGUAUUUUCCUUUAAUAACAUUUCGUUAAUAUUUUAUUUGGUAUUUUAGUAGGCUACUAACUAUACAUCACAAGAUGAGAGAUGCAGUAAGAUAGUUUCAUAAAGAUGAAUGAUGUCGUAAAAAAUAAC